GUCUCUCUUUUUUUGUACCGUUGCCUUUGAAACCCUAACGCAUCGAUGCUAAUCUAACAGCCCUAUUUGAUUAUUCUCACCCUAACCAAAGCCAAGAAUUGUCAAGUAAAGCUCCUCGUAUUUACAUCAUAAUUUGGAAGGCCGAUCGCCAUUCACGGACGACGAUUGUUACGAAAUAUCAGAAACAAAAAUUUAAUUUUUAAAUUGGGGGUGGAGCAAAAUGGAAUCUUCAUCGGUGAUUACUCCAGAAGAUGUUUUGGAGUCUUUGAUGAACGAUGGUACAAUCGAUACCAUGAGAUUAAAGAUCAUUAAUCAGAUUAAAGCUAAUGAAGAGCUGAAGAAUACAGCUAUUAAAAUGGCAGAACAGAGUAAGGUUCUUAACACUCCGGGGGCAGAAAAGCAGACAAAAAGGGAGCUGUUUGAUGCACUUCGGCAAGAACUUGAGACUUCAGUGCUUGAGAAAGCCUCUAAAUCAGUUUGGGAUUUGAUUCUGGACAGCAAUGGGCUGGGGAAGGAAAUAAGUGAAACAGUUGAAAGGGUAUUCUGUCGAUUAAGUGGCCGUGAGCCUCCUUUGUUUCCGCUAAAUGUUGAAACCCAAUCAGAGAAAGAGAAAGAGAAUGAGAAAGGGAAAGGAAAAGAGAUAGAAAAUGGGAAGGAGAAUUUGGUCUCUCCACUAAAGAAAAGAAAAUUUGAUGAGAUGAGCUAUGAAGAGGGAGCAUAUGAAGGUGCAAGUGGAAGUAGCAAACCUCCAGCCGUGCCAGAAGAUUCUAGUGAAGUGCCUCAGCCAAGUGUAUGACAACAUAAGCCCAGCCUUCCAUGAGCUCGGUGAUUUUGACAAGAGCCAAAAAGUUGGGGACCUGCCUACAAGUGAGCUUGGUUGGUAGCCGAAGUUUAUGAACUUUAUCUUCUAUAACCUCUUUGUUGGAUGCAUUAAACUGAUUACAGCAAUAAAAGGUGCUUUGUCUUUUUUUGGGUUGCUUCAAGGACUUCAUCGAUGCUUGGAGUUCCCAGCAGAGAGUCUUUACGAUCUUGAUUGAUGGUCUUUGUGCCUUUUUUGUGCCGGAAGUGGUGUUUCAUCAAAUCUUCUUCAAACACAGGACUCACCACCCUUCUUAACCCCGAGGUUUGGGGUGGCCUCAAUUUACUCAAGACCGCUAGGAUCAAUUUUACGUGUAGGAAUAGCUUGUGUUAUUCACCCAUACAACUUCUAAUGAAACUAACAUUUUGCCAAAUCAACUGUUAUACUUUAGUUUAUCAAGCUUGUUAUGCACUCCAAAUGUUACUUGAUCAGAUAUUUGUAGGUGCUUAAUCUAUAAUCUUAAUAUAAAAUUUCUCAGAAA